GGGAUCGAAGAUCCAGAGAGUCAUCGUUGAGACUGGAUUUCCCUGGUUUUAGGUUUUACGCAUUGAAUGUAAGGUAGACGAGCAUGCCAACAUGACCCUAAAUGGAUGACAAAAAUUCAGAUUGGAAAGAGUUUAAUCUUCCCAGCCACGCACAGGAAACUGAGUUGGAUAAGAUUAUAGAGGAGCACCUUGUAAAUGAUGCUGUCUCCUCACAUAGUGAGGAUGUCCACCAUUCCAGCAGUGACAGUGAGGGCUCUGUCCAUGACACAGUCACCUCUGUGCUGUACAUCCCCCAUGGAGGCACCCAGCAGCCCGAGUCCUCCCCACAAAGCCCAGUCCCUUCCCCUCGGCCAGUCCUGACGUCUCAACAGUCCAUAGUCUCUGGCAGAUUCACCCGCACUUCUUACGCCAGCGGGGAAACUGGUCAUGUCUCAACUCCAAGUCGACUCAGUCCUUUGCCUAUCAAUAUGAUCAGUCCAGAGACCCUAGAAGACAAGGAUGAGAACCAAGACGCACCACUGGGAUAUGGCAGCUCCGACUCGUCUGUUGGAGACUCGACUGAGUAUGUAGAGAGUGCCCAGAGAACUGUCACUUCUUUGGGAGCCAUCUCCACUGACACUCAGGAUAGUGCCAGGUAUGACGAUGCUCCGUUUCCAUGUGGAAACAUCCACUUUUGGAUCGGACAGAUGAAUAUGGAGGAAAGCUCGACCAAGAAGCAUUAUGUGACUGUGUCGGCAGAGACUCCAAGUGAGGAGGUGACCCGCUUCAUGGGUACAUACUGGAAAAUGAGGAGUCCCAAAAUCGUCCUGUCCGUCAUAUCAGGGGUCAAACACUUCAGGCCGUGGAAGAAUAACCGACUCAAGGAACAGUUCCAGAAAGGCAUAACCAAAGCAGCUAACACCACCGAGAUGUGGAUUAUAACGGAUGGAGUGGACAUGGCCGUCUCCAAGAUGAUAGGGGAGGCCAUCCAGGAGGAGCGAGCCCGCCGAGAGUGUAAACAGCUGCAGCUCUCCCACCUGGGACAGGAGAAGGUCCAGCGCUUCCAGAAACUGACCCUGAUAGGGGUGGUCCCCAAGAACGUGAUCACCUACUCGGACCUAUUCCAGGGAAACGAAAUGGGCAUUAAUAUCAAGAACGAAGGCAUUAGACCCAACAGCGACCUCUAUGAGCUGAAUCCAGACCACACCCACUUUAUUUUUGUGGACGAGGAGGACCGAGAUCGAAUGUUCUUUACAAACAUCCGAUGUCAGCUGGAGCAGCAGUUUCAGUAUGGGGUGGGCCGAAAGAGACGCCUCCGGAGACUGUUCAGUUGGGGAUCUGAUGAACAGUACGAUUUAUCUGAGCCGGUCAUAAAGAAGACAGUGCCAGUGGUUGGCUUGCUGGUUCAGGGGUCACCAAGGGGAGUGGACCAUGUCUUGACCUACUUAACUAACAAAAUGCCGGUUGUCCUCUUGAAGGGGAGUGGAGGGGUGGCAGAUCUAUUGGCCUACGCAUUUGAAGAGCUGCUGGAAAGAUCUGACCCUGACUUUGAAGAACACUUCCUCAAACCUGAGUUAACAAGGAUGAUCUGCAAAGUAUAUCCGGAGGACUUCAAAGAAAAUGACAUGGCUCGUACAGAGUUCAGAGACAAAAUUCUUCAGUGUUGUCACCUCGCCAUAGAGGAUGAGCAAGUCUUUUUAACCAUGGUGAACACACAAGGAUGGGAUGCAAACUUGAAGGAUCUGGAUAAAUAUCUUCUGAAGGCUCUAUUUAAUUGUGAAAGGCAGACCAAAAUGAAAUGGAGGGAGAAAGUGUUCAAGGAUCUACAGCUGAUAUUGGACUGGAAUCGUCCAGACAUGGCCCUCUCUAUGAUAUUUCACAGAGAUGACUGGGGCAAAAUCAAGGUCGACAAGAAACUGUUUGAGCAGGCCCUACUGAAGCUGAAUAGGGAGGAGUUUGUAGAGAUCUUUCUGGACCACGGGUUUCUAAUUCACAAGUACCUCAACCACAAAAAGUACAAGCUUCUGUACGAGAAGGCAGACGACCGUGAAUUCUUUGUCAGUAUUUGUCAGGAGAAGGUACUGGGUCAGAUGGGGGUAUUUGACCAGGCUCUGGAUGCCAAUUUCUUGGUGAACGACUUGAACCGACUCAUCUUCAAACUGAUCGGCCUGAGUGACUUUGUCCAGCCUUAUGAAAUGUCAAUGAAUUCCGUAGGCCUGUAUGUGCUGGACCCUGCUGUAGCAGAAAGAAAGGCUCUGAACUGGUUGACAGUUUGGGCUGUACUGAUGAACAGACACAAGUUGGCCAAGGUGCUGUGGAACCGCUGUGAUGAACCUAUAGCUCUAGCUCUAAUCUGUAGCAAUCUAUACAAAGAGCUGGCUAAAAACUGUGUGGAGCUGUUCCUACGAACAGAAAUGGAGAGAAAUGCAAAGGAGUUUGGUGACAAAGCCCUGGGGGUGCUAGAUAUUGGGUACAUGGACUCGAGUGAGCAGACCUACAGCAUGCUGAGCGCCCCUCUUAAGGAUUUUAACAACAAGACCUCCAUUGAGAUCGCUCAUGAUGCUGGCUACAUCGGCUUCAUUGCCCAUCCCUGCUGUCAGAAAUGGCUGACUAGAAAACUGUUUGGUGCAAUUCAGGUCAAAGAAUUAGAUUUGGGUUUUUUGACACUUCCUAACUGGUUUAAGAUUCUGGUUAGUGUUUUCUUCAUCUUCCCCAUAUACAUUUGGAUUGGAUUUGUUCCAAAAGCGUCUAGCUGGAAGAAGAGGAGAGGAAUAACUUUUCAAGUGGAUUCUGACUCAAAAAUGGUGGAUAAUGAUAUCUCAGAUUCAGAUGAUGAGGAAGAAGAUGAGAACUUGCCAACAUCAAAAUCUCUCCUUCAGAAUGAAUUGGAAAGGUUUAAGAAAAGGAAGAAGCUAACAGUUAGAAGGAGAUUGCAAAGUGCUUUUCAGAAGCAAGUAGAGAAGGAAAUACCUUUGUGGAAGAAAAUAUACCUACUUUGGAGUGCUCCAAUCACAACUUUCUGGGUAACUCAGACCAUGUACUUUUGCUUCCUUGGUUUGUUUUGUCUGGCUGUGUUGUGGCCCACCUGUGGAAACUUCUUCCUGGACCUGACUCUGUGGCUCUGGACCUCCAUCAUCCUGAUUGACUUAGUUCAACGGACAUACACAAAGCACAUUCGACACAAAGCAGUAAAUCUCCUUGGCCCUCUCUGUGAGAUAAUCCUUGUGAUGUUUUUCCUGAUCAUGUACCUGGUUUUGAGGAUUAUCCCGCACUGGUUUAACUCGGCUGACAUCAUCACCAGUAAGGUCGUGCUCAGCAUAGCCCUCAUCUUCUUCUUCUACCGACUGCUGGGCAUCUACCUCCCAAUCUCUCCAACGCUGGGGCCCAUGCUGGUCAGGAUGAACAGAAUGAUUAAGUACGAUUUCGUGGACUUCAUUCGGAUGUUUUUGGUGUUCAUGAUAUCCGGAGGAGUGACUAUCCAGGCCAUACUGUACCCUAACUACCCUCUGGGGAUAGAUCUUGUGAAAAGGGUCCUGACACGCCCACUCUUCGCUAUGUUUCUCACCCAGAUUGCAGAUCUUGAUGGAGACACGAGCUGUUCAGGUCACUACAAUAAUGUGUCGAUAGGUUUUUGUACAGCAGAUGUCAACUUUAGAGGAUCCCACUAUGCUAAUCCAGAGUCGGUGAUCCUGCCCAUCCAGAAGUGUCCGUACUCCAGCCUGUUCGGUUACCUCAUCACCAUACAGUAUCUGCUGAUCUGUAAACUGGUCCUCGUCACACUGCUGUUUGCCAUGUUUGCACUGACCAUCACGAAGGUGGACAAUGAGGCCAGCGAGAUCUGGAAGUUCCAGAGGUAUGCACUCAUCAUCGACUUCGAGGAGAGGCUGAAUCUACCUCCUCCCUUCAUCAUCAUCAGCUACAUCUGUAUUCUUCUGAAGAAGAUUUACAACAAGAUGAAGGGAUGCAAGAGAAACUGCUGCACCUUCUGCUGUUGCAGUAAGAAAGCUAAGCCUGAUGAAGAGAUGAGUCACAGGGUGAAGAAGAACCGGCGGUCAGAAGAUUACAACUACUGGAAGAAAUGCUCCAUAGAGUACCUGAGGACUCAAGAAUUUGAGGAGAAAAAGGAGAGAUUAGCAGCACUACAUAAUGAAAUAAUCGUAAACCUUCAGGAAGACAUGAGAUUACAAAAGAAAAACCUGAAGAGAAUGAGUGACCGUAUUGUGGAGCUGGAGAGGACCCAGGGGACCAGCAGGAUGUAUUUAGAACACAUCUACCACAAGCUAGAACAGCAAGAUGUGCAUGGUAUGGCCAACAGGAAGGGACAGAUCAUCCACGUGGCGGCCCGUCAGUCCCCCUACCCUGGUACCUCCAUCGCCAGGUUCCCUGUCUUCGACAAAUACGUCCCAUGGGAGACUUUAUAUGACGUGUAUGAUCCAAAGAUUUACACCCUACCCAUCGAGAAGUUCCCAGAUGAGGAAAAGAAUUAUGUUGAUGUGGAUAUUAUAGAAUUAAAGAAGCUGAAGGAGGAGCGAGCUGCGAUGAUGGAAGAGGAGUUGAUAGGGUUACCUGUCUUACCGCCCAUUCCCCACAUGAAGUGGAACGCCAUCCUGACUGUGUUUCACCAGCACAAAGGGAGCACACAGGUCAUCGACCGCCGCUCCUGGAUUUCCAGGGAUGACCAGCCGUGCCGUUACCGACUUGACCCCAACGGACUGCCACUAAAUCCUAUGGGGCGUACUGGUAUACGAGGCAAAGGAACGUUAUGGCGCUGGGGACCAAACCAUUUGAUCAAAGCUGUGUGUACAAGAUGGAGGCGGAAAUACAACCAGGAGAACCAGCCAAGCGACUACCUGUAUGUGGAGGGCAAGCGAGUCCUUGAGUUCAUCGCCACCCAGAGGGAGGGUAACAACCUGGAGACAGUGUAUGAACUACCAGGGGGAGUUCUACAUGGUUUAACAUCUCCGUACAGUGUUGUGCGUGAAUCUUUCCUGAGAGAUGUCUUUGAUGAGACUGAACCUGAACCCAAAACAACCCUGGACCAAGGAGAUAUGAUCCAGUUCUUUGCCCAGUUUGCCACACAAAAUGUAGGAAAAACCUCGCUUUCCUUGGCAAGUCCAGAGCAAUCAUUUUCUCAUAUACUGACCAGUCACUCUGGUGUUUCUGGUUCCCACACCAGUUCAAGAACCAGUUUGAGGACAGAACCGGACUCUCAGGGCUUUUCUGCCUCCUUGCUGUACAAAGGAUACCUGGACGAUCCCCGUAAUACAGACAACGCCUGGAUGGAGGCAGAAGUUUGGAACUUUCACUAUGACAUUGGAGAUAACUUUGAGUUGAGGAUGUCAGAGGAAAAUGGAACGACCUGGAAAGAAGUGCUGCCAAAUGUUAAGCUGUUUGGAAACGAUGGAGCAAUCAUACAGGAGGCAGCCAAGAUCCAUGAUGCCUACUGUUGAUUCACUGGAAUUAGGGUUUGAUUGGCCAUUCAGAGAAUUAAUGUAUGCGUAGUUGGAUUUUGAUAAAUCAUGAAUGUAAUACCACCUUUUCUGUGUCCAAGAAUGGUCAGUCCAUCAGCAACAUGUGAUACUAGUUAGUUCUCAUUGAUCACAUGACCUGUGUUAUUUGAGGAAAGUAUUAGAAUGGUCACCAAUUAAGGUUUAAGUGAACUGAUUUUUUUGUUAUAUGGAAGGAGGAAUCUCGAUGAAUGUUUUAAUUUUUUUUUAAAACGUACAUAUACAAUGCUGCUUUCAGUUUUAGAAAGAUUUUUUAGUGACCUGAGAAUGAGAUUUGUGUUUAAGCUAUCUUGAUUUUGUUUUAUUUCAGAGCAUCUAAUAGUGAACUAGGAUAAGAGUUAAAGACAUUUUGAUUUUAGAAUAUUGACUAGAUAAUACAAUUCAUUUCUUGAUAUUUAAUAAGUACUUAUCAUGGUUUUUUUAUUUUAUUUUUUAUUAAUUACAGGUAUAUGUUAUUGUGUUAUAUACAUGUAAUCCAUUUUAUUCCAAGUACUUCUUAAUUUUGCUUACAUUGCCAACCUAAUGUGUAAUUUUACUGUUCGUGUUACAUAGAUGAAUCGGUUAAUAGGGUUGUUUUACGGUACGUCUCCUUGCACGAAUCCCAACAGUGUAGGCAGGGGUAUAAGACGAUUUAUUUAUAAUUGUUUUAAUUCAUGUCACUUUGCAUGCUGUUAAAAAUAUGAUCUCCAAAAUUAUGUACCUGUACAUUUUAAUGCUAAUUAUGUCUCCACUUUCAAAGGGGAGACAUAUUGUUUUUGUCGUUUAGAUGAUUUUUCCUUCCUUGGAUCUGUAAGAUAUAUUGAUGGAGUAUUUAUGUUUACAAACAUGUUGUAAGAGAGAUCUGAUUUAGUUUGUAGCAAUAUGAUUUUAUGAUGGCAUUCACUACCUAAUAAUGUUAACAAAUGUCCACAUAGUUGCGUCAUUUUUUUACACAUAUUUAAUCGACAUAUCUUUGAAAUAUUUGUCCGAUAAACAUGCAAUAAUGAUCGAAGUUUGAAAUGCAAUGUGUGCUUGGAACUGUGCUAUCAUUGUAAGAAAAUAUUUAUGGAACCGCUUUGUUGCUUUUUUUUUCUUUUUAUGAUAAUCAAAACCAUUGUGCAGGAUUACACUAUAGCCCAACAGUAAUUAGUGUAAUGUAUUGCCCGACAUUAAAAGUAGAAGAUUGUUUAUUGACUAUUACCAUUUCAUUCUUUGGAGAUAAGUAGAUUGUUGUUAUGUUUUUAAAAUGUUAGUCAUUAGAUAGAAUUUUAUGAUUCUUUGCUUUUGUUUUGUCAGGGUAUAACAAACUUGUCUCAUUUUCUUGGUUUUAAUGUGUUCAGGUGCUAUGACAACUUUUCUUGUUAAGACAUCGGUUUGAUACAUAUAGCUUCUGUCGACAUUCCACAAAGUCCAACUUUCAGAACACUGUGGAUGCAGCACCGACGGCUUUAUAUUGUUAUCAUUAAUCAAUGAAUAACACCAGCUUCUUAUAUUUUCAAUAAAUUGUUUUUGUAAAUGUU